GAACGCACCAUUUCCGUGCACCUGCUGACUAUUCCGUAAGAAAAAUGCAGAAAACUUCUCCUAGGAUAACAACACUGAUUUGCGGGCUAUCACAGAUCACAUCACUGUUCACAUUCCUUGGUGCUUCAAGGAUAUUUCUCCAUUAAACAGUUAAAAAAUUAGUCAAAAGAUUUCAAACUGGUGAAUGACAGCAGGAAGCAAGCAUGUUUCAUCUAAUUAAGAAAGACAAGGAGAAGGACUUUGGAAAGAAAGAAAAGAAAGACAAAAAAGAAAAGAAGGAGCGUAUGUCCCAGGCUGAGUUGAAGAGCCUGGAAGAGAUGAGCAUACGACGAGGCUUUUUCCAUCUCAAUCGCGGGAGCUCUAAGAGGGACGUGAGGAGCAGGUUGGAGAUCUCUAGUCCCAUCCCCAUUAAAGUUGCGAGCAACACAGAGCUCAACCUAACAGACCUGGGGGGCGAACACCUUCACAGCACACAGCAGCAGCAGCAUCAGGAUGUGCAGCAAAUAAGUGCGAGUACCUCUGGUGAAGACAUGAAGAGAGAUGAACUAGUACAUCACCAAAACUCUGUUAAAGAGAGAGCUGCUAAGUUUGGAGAACUUGCCAAGCUGAAUUAUACAGUGGGGCAGAAACAUGUGUCUUUUAAUCACAAAAGCAAAGCGGACAAAGCUUUGAAUCCUUCUAGUCAGAAUUGGAGUACAUCUUUAAUGUCCAACCUGAAAAGCACCAAUGUUGUUUUCAUUCCUGAAAUGGUGGAGAAGACCUUCCCUGGUGUGGACCUUCAGCUGCCCGUGCUUGUUGCUCCACCAAUACCAGACGCAAGAGAACUUGAGUUGCAACGUCGCAACACGGGGGACUUUGGCUUCUCUUUGCGAAGGAUCACAAUGCUAGACAGGCGCCCUGACGGAAAAAUGAGUCGACGCGUGGUUCACUUUGCUGAACCAGGUGCUGGGACUAAGGAUCCCGCUGUGGGCCUGGUUCCAGGAGACAGGCUGGUGGAAAUAAAUGGGAUUAAUGUGGAGAACAAGAGCAGGGAUGAGAUUGUGGAGAUGAUCCGUCAGUCUGGAGAGUCGGUUCGGCUAAAGGUUCAGCCGAUUGUGGAGCUGAGCGAGUUGAACCGCAGCUGGCUGAGGAGCACUCAAGAGCUGCACAAGGAGGUCUUUGAUCCCAAACUUGUUGAAGACCCUGUGGCCGUCCUUCAGGCAGCACACUCAGCUGCAACUAAGGGAAAGACUGAGGAGCAGAUCACAGCAGAGAGAGCCUGGUAUAACACAGAGAAAGUAUGGCUUGUUCACAAGGAUGGAUUUUCACUGGCAACUCUCCUGAGGACGGAGGCGGGCAGUCUGCCAGAGGGGAAGGUGAAAAUCCGCCUGGAGAGUGAUGGAUCUUUAUUGGACGUGGAUGAAGAUGAUGUAGAGAAGGCAAACCCUCCAGUGUCUGACCGAGUGGAGGACCUGGCCUCUCUGCAGUAUCUGAAUGAGUCGAGCGUGAUGCACUCCCUGCGGCAGCGAUACGGUGGCAACCUGGUGCACACACACGCUGGACCCAGCAUGGUGGUUAUUAACCCCAUUAGUGCCCCCUCGAUGUACUCGGAGAAGGUAAUGCAGAUGUUCAAAGGCUGUAGAAGGGAGGAUACUGCCCCUCACAUUUACAGCAUGGCCCAGGCCGCCUAUAGAAAUCUCCUGACAACUCGCCGGGAUCAGUCCAUUGUCCUGCUGGGAAAGAGCGGCAGUGGCAAGACCACCAACUGUCAACACAUCAUCCAAUAUCUGCUCACCAUUGCUGGCAGCACCAACAAAACCUUCUCCACAGAGAAAUGGCAGGCGGUCUACACAGUUUUGGAGGCUUUCGGAAACGCCUCCACCUGUAUGAACGGGAACGCAAGCCGCUUCUCUUACGUCGUUUCUUUGGACUUUGACCAGGCGGGUCAGAUGACCUCAGCCUCCAUCCAGACUAUGCUUCUGGAGAAGGUGAGGGUGACCAGAAGACCGGAAGGAGAGUCCACUUUUAACGUCUUUUACUACCUCAUGGCAGGAGCGGACAGCUCUCUGAGAACGGAGCUGCAUCUCAACCACUUUGCUGAAAACAAUGCAUUUGGAAUCAUGCCUCAGACAAAGACUGAGGAGAAGCAGCGGGCCUCUCAGCAGUUUUCCAAGCUUCAAGCAGCAAUGAAGGUUCUGGGAAUGAGUGGUGACGAGCAGAAGGCCUUCUGGCUCGUCCUCGGGGCCAUUUGCCAUCUCGGAGCAGCAGGAGCUACCAAGGCCGGCAGGAAACAGUUUGCGCGUCACGAGUGGGCCCAGAAGGCAGCCUACCUGCUGGGCUGCACCCUGGAAGAGCUCUCCUCCGCCAUCUUCAAGCACCAGGCCAAGGGCAGCCUGCCCAGAGGAGGGGGUGCUGGUCGACAGGCUUCUGAGGAAAAUGGCUCGGCAGACGCAGGAUCUAAGGCUACAGCCAUGGACUGUUUAGACGCCAUGGCAUCAGGACUUUACUCUGAAGUCUUCACUGUCCUUAUUUCCCUAAUAAACCGGGCCUUGAAGUCCAGCCAGAACUCCCUGUGUUCUCUUCUCAUUGUGGACACACCGGGCUUUCAGAACCCCAGGCUGGGGAAGCGUGAGUGCGGUGCAACCUUUGAGGACCUCUGUCACAACUACACUCAAGAACGGCUACAAACGCUCUUCUACCAACGCACCUUUGUGCAGGAGCUGGAGAGAUACAAAGAGGAGAACAUCGAGCUCGCUUUAGAUGACCCAGAGCCCAGCACCUCUCUCUCUGUCGCAGUGGUAGACCAAGCCUCAAGUCAAGCACUGGUACGGACAGUUCGGACAGAGGAGGCUCGGGGCCUGUUGUGGCUGAUGGAGGAGGAGGCGGUGCAGCCUGGUGGAUCAGAGCAAACACUGUUAGGACGUCUCUUUAGCUACUAUGGACCUGCUGAGGGCGAGAGUAAAGGUCACACUUUCCUCUUGAAGAGUGAAAAGGAAAAUAAUUUCCUGCUGGGUCACAGUCACGGAACAGACUGGGUGGAGUACAACGUCUGUGGGUGGCUGAACUACGCCAGGCAGAAUCCUGCCUCUACCAAUGCUGCAAGCCUCCUGCACGACUCCCAGAAGAAGAUCAUCAGCUCACUGGUAAUGAGCCGAGCGGGUGGAGCCACCGUUCUGUCCGGUUCCAUCGCAGGCCUUGAAGGUGUUUCGCAGCUGUCCUUGCGACGAGCCACGAGCAUGAGAAAGACCUUCACCACAGGCGUGGCUGCUAUCAAGAAGAAGUCCUUGUGCAUCCAGAUAAAACUUCAAGUGGAUGCUCUUCUAGACAUGGUGCGGAGGUCCAGGAUUCACUUUGUUCACUGCAUAUUGCCCAAGGCCGAUGCCCUGAAGGCUCUGAGUGGAUCCAUGUACAGAGGAGGGGAAUGUGAGACUCAAGGGGAGAGUGGAGAUUCAGGCCUAAUGCAGUUGGAUGUGGCGCUUCUCCGCGCUCAGCUGCGUGGCUCCAAGCUGCUCGACUCUCUGCGGAUAUACAGACAAGGUUACCCUGAUCACAUGGUGUUCUCCGAGUUCCGGCGGCGCUUUGAUGUGCUGGCGCCGCACCUCACCAAGAAGCACGGGAGGAAUUACAUAGUGAAGGACGAGAGGAGAGCGGUGGAGGAGCUACUUGAGUCCUUGGAUUUGGAGAAGAGCAGCUUCCACAUGGGACUGAGCAGGUUGUUCUUCAGAGCUGGCACCUUGGCAAAGUUAGAGGAACAGAGGGAUGAGCAGACCAAGCGUAAUCUGACCCUGUUCCAAGCGGCCAGUAGAGGCUUCCUGGCACGGCAAGCCUGCAAAAAAAGAAAGAUCCAGGAUCUGGCAAUCCGCUGCGUCCAGAAAAACAUCAAGAAGAACCGUGGCGUGAAGGACUGGCCAUGGUGGAAGCUCUUCACCACAGUGCAGCCCCUCAUUAAGGUCCAACUCAGUGAGGAACAGAUGCGAAGCAAAGACGAGGAGCUGCAGCUGCAGAAAUCCAAACUGGAGAGGGUGGAGAAAGAGCGAAAUGAGCUGAGACUGAACACGGAUCGAUUGGAGAGCAGGAUCACUGACUUACUGGCAGAGCUGGCUGAUGAGAGAAGCACCAGUGAGUCAGUAUCACAGCUGCUGGAGACCGAGACUUCAGAGAGACUUCACCUGGAGAAGGACAUGAAGGAUCUACAGGCUAAGUUUGAUGCCAUGAAGAAAAAACUAGAAGCACAAGAGAUGGAGUUGAUGGAAGCUCGACUCAUGAAAACAUCAGAGCUCAAUGGGGAGAUGGACAAUGAUGAUGAUGCUGGAGGGGAGUGGCGGAUAAAAUACAACCGAGCCAUUCGUGAAAUGGACUUCACCAAACAGAAGCUACAACAGGAGUUCGACGAGAAGCUGGAGACAGAGCAGCAGAGCAAAAGACAUCUUGAGAGAAGGGUGGCUGAUUUGCAGACAGAUAACGAGGAUGUGCAGCGCAUUGUGCAGCAGCUGAAGAAAAAGUGUCAGAAACUUACAGCAGAGCUACAGGACACUAAGCUUCACCUGGAGGGACUGCACAGCCGGAAUCACGAGCUGGAGAAGAAACAAAGGAAAUUUGACCUGGAGCAGAACCAGGCUCAGGCCGAGGUGCAAAGAGAAAGGAGCCAGCGGGAGAAAUUGGCUCGAGAGAAAGAUAUGAUGACCGGUGAAAUGUUUAACCUCCGUCAGCAGCUGCAGGACAAGGACAGUGAAUUGUGCGCUGCAAGUAUGAAGGUGCAGCAGCUGGAGGCGGAACUGCAGGAUCUGGCCUCCCAGGAGUCCAAGGAUGAAGCCUCUCUAGCCAAGUUGAAAAAGCAGCUUCAUGACCUUGAGGCUAAGGUGAAAGACCAGGAGGAAGAGCUAGAUGAACAGGCUGGAAGCAUCCAGAUGCUAGAGCAGGCAAAGCUGCGGCUUGAGAUGGAGAUGGAGCGACAGCGGCAAACUCACUCUAAAGAAAUUGAGAGUAAGGAUGAAGAAGUGGAUGAGAUUAGGCGCUCCUGCAGUAAGAAGCUGAAACAGAUGGAGGUGCAGCUGGAGGAAGAGUAUGAAGACAAGCAGAAAGUGUUGCGUGACAGAAGAGAGUUGGAGUCUAAACUGCUGAAUGCCCAGGACCAGGUGAGUCAGCGGGAUGUGGAGACAGAGAAGAGACUGAGGAAAGACCUGAAGAGAACCAAAGUCCUUCUGGCUGAUGCUCAGAUUAUGCUGGACCACCUGAAGAGUAACGCCCCCAGCAAGAGGGAGAUCGCCCAAAUCAAAAAUCAACUGGAGGAGUCGGAGUUCACCUGCGCCGCGGCAGUGAAGGCUCGGAAGAGUAUGGAGAUUGAAAUUGAGGACUUGCAUAUCCAAAUGGACGACAUGGUCAAAGUCAAGAUGUCGUUGGACGAGCAGGUCAGUCGGCUGCAGAGAGAGAAGAAUGACCUGCAGUCGCGCAUGGAGGAGGAUCAGGAAGACAUGAACGAGCUGAUGAAAAAACACAAGGCCGCAGUUGCUCAGUCUGCCAGAGACUUGAGCCAGAUCACUGACCUGCAGGCUCAGCUGGAAGAGGCCACGAAGGAGAGACAGGAGAUCCAAGAAAAGCUUCAUUCGCUGCAGAGUCAGCUAGAGUUUCAGGAACAGUCCAUGGUGGAAAAGUCUCUUGUGAGCCGUCAGGAGGCCAAGAUCCGUGAGCUGGAGACAAAGCUGGAGUAUGAGAGGACACAGAUCAAACGCUUGGAGAGUCUGGUGGGUCGCCUAAAGGAGAAUCUGGAGAAGUUGAUGGAGGAGCGAAACCAGCACAUUGCUGCAGAAAACAGGGAGAAGGAGCAGAAUAAACGGAUGCAGAGGCAGAUAAGGGACCAGAAAGAAGAAAUGGCAGAGCUGUCCAAGAAGGAGGGAGAGGCGAGCCGCAAGAAGCACGAGCUGGAGAUGGACAUCGAGAGCUUGGAGGCGGCAAAUCAGAGCUUACAAGUGGACCUUAAGCUGGCAUUCAAGAGGAUAGGUGACCUGCAGGCUGCUAUCGAGGACGAGAUGGAGAGUGAUGACAAUGAUGACUUAAUCAACAGUUUGCAAGACACGGUGACAAAAUAUCAGAAAAGAAGGAACAAAACCGCUGAUGAUACAGAGACAGAUUCAGAGGUGGAGGACCGGGUGGACGGUGUCAAGUCUUGGCUCUCGAAGAACAAAGGCUCCACUAAGACCAUCUCAGAUGAAGGAAGCCUGAAAAGCACCAGUCCUCCCGUGUGCCGCAGACACCUGAGCGUCGGCAGAUCUGAUGAAGAGGAGGAAGUGCAACGAGGCUCAAGCGGGCAGUCGCUAAAGCAGAGCGACAGCGAAGGUUUAUUGGCAGAGAGCGCGACGUAACCCGUGCAGGCGACCUUGUGCUUUCAUUGACACCAAACACAGAAGAGGGACCAGCACCACUGCACGGCUGCUGAGGAUGGAAAAAGUGGAGUCUGGCCAUUUUCAAUCAUAUUUGACAUACUAUAGUGCCCCCCCUUUCACAUUAUAAAGUGGUUUGCUGUCAUAGUCGGUGUGCUUCUAUUUAAUAGAAUGUAUUGAGUAAACCCAGUCAACAUUGAGCAGUGAAGUCAAGCACUUUCUGAGGAAGUUCUUGCCGCUGCUGUAUUUCUAAGAGCUUCUUUUCAGGCAAAUUUAAACACUCCUCUGCUCUCUCCUCUGAUAUCUCCGCCAAGAGGAUUUAGAUAAGCUUCACUCAGCUCAAGCUGGACUUCUCCGUGAAGGUCUGACCCACUAUUAAAGCAGUUCCUUAUCGCUUCCCUGCUAAUGUGGACUACUGUGGUGGGAGGAAUUAACCCACUUUCUAUUAAUUAUCUCGCUGUAAGUUUACACGUGGCAUUUGUUCCAUGUUGAGAUACCCGUCGUUUGAGUGAAGCGAUGCUAUAGGUCAAGAUUGCCGACAUGAAAGUGAAAGCAUUUCAGGAAAUACAUUUCUCCGACAGUGUUUGAUGUUUUCUGAAUUUUUAAUCCUAUUUAUAUAUUUGAAAUGCUGGGAAUUUAAAGCGACGUCUCUACAGUAAGCAUGCAUAGUUAGCAUGUGGAGUCAAAGCCUUUACAUAAACAUAUAUACAAGGAUUUCCUGAAAUUGUGUUAAGAAAAUGUAUGUCAUAUUUCUGUAUAUUUUUAUCUUCAGUGCAUGUUUGGUUUGACUCUUUCGAGGCUCCCUUCUGUCAUACAGUAUUUGUAAAAGCUAAACAGGAAUGUAUUUGUUUGCUGUUAUAAAGGAUUUUUGGAGCUUUUGCGAUGUGGCGGAUGCACUGAUGCAGAAAUGUAUGCCGUUGUUGGUGAUGCAUCGGCGUUGGAUGUUUCUUAUAAAUGGGAAAUUGAAGCUUCUUCGCACAUUAUGUUAACAAUUUGAACAUAAACUACUCGAACGAAUCCCAUUUGGGACUGUUUAGAUGAAAUAAAUUAUUUUUGGUAGGUAGGUAGAGAAAGAGGGUAGGUGACCUGCGUUCUGCUGUCAAGGACAAGAUGGGGAGAGAUGACAAUGAUAGAUAGAUAGAUAGAUAUACAAAUCAUGAUAAUACAACUAUAAUAAUAAUAAUAGAACCAGGUCAUUAAAGGUACAGUCUAUAGAUUUUACAAUAUUUUUAUAAUCAUGCUGUAGCUGAACAUCUUGCACCUCACGCUUUCCUCCAAAAUGUGUUGGAGAACCUGUGUCGCCUUCAUUUAACAUCAAAGCUCAAAGCAUAGUUUGUCCAUUGUGGGCUACUGUAAAGCAAGACCCCACUCCUGGUAUAUAUGUAAAAGGCUCAUUCGGGGGUAACGAACAACAAUUAUUAAGCAAAUUCUAAUUAUUUGAGCAUUAAAUUCUAUUCAAAAUGAUACUAAAAUUGUGAGAAUGGUGACACGAGGCAGCCCUUGGAAUCAUAUUGUGCCCUAAUGGCCUUCAUAACAUACAGUAUAUCACAGAAUGAGUGACUUUUUAUGAAGUCAUUAUGAAGAAAAUGUUUUUUUCACCACUGACUCCAGGGUCUGGUUUAUUUUAAUCAUUCAAUCUCUGCCAGAACCUCCUUGAAAUUAAAAGCCAACCAGUGCUGUUUUCAUGAAUUCUAUUUACUUUUCAGAUCACUCAUGCUAUUGAAAGUCCAAGGCUACACGCUACUGUCCACACUCAUAUGAAACUUGCUGGGUAUUUCUAUAUUUAGCUGAACACAAUGAUAAUUGUGUAGAUUUGAAUGAGGAGGCAUAUAAAGUAUAGUGUGCAUGUGAAAUCUGCUCAUGUGCAAAGAAAUGCUUUGGAGGUCUGGCUUCCCAUUUGCAUAUCUUCACAGAAGAGGCUAAUCUGCAUUUCAUGUCUUGUUUUCGCAGGGUUUUUUUUUUUAUUCCUUUUCUUCAGACAUGAAUAUUAAUGUGGAACAUAGGGAACUUUGAUGUUUUAGACAAUACUUGUUCAAUAAAAAAAAAAGCAACUUACAAGUGCAAGCAGCUGUCAUUAGACUUAAUGCUUCCGAAACAUUGCAAAGUACAUGUCAUAUCUUUUGGAAAAGUCGGUUUUCGUUAUUGAUCAGAUGAGUGUUUGUAAAAUGAGUCAUAAUAGAAAUAAAUGAAUGGAAAUAUAACUGCA